AUGCCCAAAAUUCACAUGUCCUCGUGCGCACAUUUCUUGAUCCUAGCACUACUUUUCUUGGUGAAAUUCUGUGAUGGGGUCUCAACUUUGGACCUAAACUUAACGAGAACUGUUGAAUCUGGUGAAAUGGGGAAAAGGGUUUGUAUCAAUGAGUGCCCAGAAAUGGCAGUUGAGGAGGAGAUGGAUUCAGAGACUAAUCGGAGGAUUUUGGUUAUACAGAAGAAGUAUAUAAGUUAUGAUACUUUGAAGAGGGAUUCUGUGCCUUGUACUCAGCCUGGGGCUUCAUAUUAUAACUGUAAGGGACCUGGUGUGGCUAAUACUUAUCACAGAGGUUGUGAGGUUAUUACAAGGUGUAGAGGAAAUUGA